AUGCAGCCGUCUCUGGAGGAGGCUGUUUGCAGAGUUUCAGUGCAGAAAGAGCAUUUGGAGCGUUUCCUCUCCCUCUCCCUCUCCCUCUCCCCCUGUGGGACUCUGCAGCCCGGUGGGGAAACAGCGCCCCCUGGCUCCACCUCUCCAGCUCCGAGGCCUGAGGAGAAGAAGCUCAUGUCCAAAGACUCCAUCCUGUCGUUGUACAGCAGCCAGCCAGCGGGGGCGCCACAGCCACAGGUGGCCACAGGACAAGUGUUCCCGGGUCAGUUUGCCGCGGGCAGUGGAGCCGUGUCGAAUGGAGGAUACAUGCAGCCUGGAGCUCAGCCCUGGGCCGUGAGCCAGAUGAACCAGCAGAUGUCCAGUGUGUCUCUCUCUGGACCUGGAUCUUCUCCUGGAGCUGAAGUCCAGUCCGGACCUCCUGCCGUCGCCUCAGGGCAGACGCUCAGUACCCAGCUCUGGAAGUGA